AUGUCUGAACAGAAAUUCAAGCCCGUGACUGUGAACAAGCCGAUCCCUAAUACCUUCGACUUGGGAAACUUGGCUACCUUUGAUCCAAACCCUUUGGACAAUGCAAAGUUGAAAGAUCCGGAACAGAAGGAAGCGUAUUUGGCCUCCGUCACAAGAGACAACCUUCAACUUCUUAUUAACCAGGUUUUGUCCUUGCCUAUCCAGACUACUACAGACACUCAUGGCUCAUCGACAGGCCAAGAUUCUACCAUGACUCUCAUACGCUUACCAGAACCAUCCACUCCUUUGCCUAGAGAAAAGAGCAUUCCAAAGGACAAGCCGCUCACCAAAUGGGAGCAGUUUGCUGCUAAGAAGGGAAUCAAAGCCAAGGCUAAGGAUGGUAAGUUGGUUUAUGAUGAGGCGACAGGAGAAUGGGUUCCAAAGUGGGGCUACAAAGGAAAGAACAAGGCUCUUGAUGACCAAUGGUUGGUUGAGUUGGACGAUAAGGUGAAGGGUACCCCAGAUGAAUUGAUUGACCCAAGAAAGCUUAGUCGUAUGGAGAGAAAAAAGUUGGUGAAGAAGAAUGAGGCGCAACACAAGAGAAACUUGAGAAACCAGCUGGCAUGA